UCCAGGUUCGACAGUUACAGUGACAUCGGCGUCGAGAAAACGCGCAAGUGCAAUUUAUGGAAUACGUGGAAGAGGCGAGUGUGCCGAUAAGCAAACAGGGCGGCUCGGCCGAGUUCAAUGACCGCGCGUGAAUACUCAAGUGUUCGCACGCGAGUGCACGCGAAUACCGUGGAUCACAGUGGAUGUCGUGCGCGUCUCAUAUCUCCAACGACUCCAACAAUUCGUUUUAGAAGAUUCUUGAGAUUCGCACUGAACUGUACUGGAGUGCGAUGAGAAGAUCUUACGUUUGAGAAGAGGUGCGGGUUGUUGUGAGCCAGUCAGAAUAAGUGUCCAAGGAUUCUACUUGUUAGCGACGAAGGAGUUAGUAACAAGGAUUGCAUCAAACCGUCGGCAGAGACAAAAGUAUUACAAUUUGUUGGGGCGUGCUGACGGUGUACGGUUUUGAAAAGGAGGAUUUAACAUCAACAUUGCGACGGAGAAGGUCGCGACGAUUGUGGUGAAGAAAGAAAGAGGAGCAACACUCGGCGACACUCGGGCUCGGGUCGAGGCGCAAGGUGGUGCGUGACGUUUACGUCGCGCGGUGACACGCGUUUUAACGAGCGGAGCGCCGAGCGAGUGGAGAGGGCGAGCAGGAAGGACGGACGGAUCAAGUGCGCGCGCGCGCGUACUUGACGACGCACACAUCGCAUCCAGGAGUGUGUUUAUUGUCUGGUACGAAAAAUCGAGCGUGCUUCCUGCACCAGGAGGUGUUGCGGCUGCUCUCCGGUUGACUGUUGUCGUCGAGGCGGAACUCGCGAUCGCAGGAACCGGAGCUCCGCUCUGCCCGAAAGCACGUAUUUCUCUCUUUUCCUUCCCUCUCUUUUUCUCUGUCUCUCCUUCCUUCUUCAUAGUGAACGCGCGCUCGACUCAUCAUCCAAGGCAUUUCAAAGAACGACGCGUCGUCGAUCAUCGUUACGGCGGAAGAGAAACGAGAAAAUGGCCGACAAUUGGACGCAGAAUAUCGCUUGCCGAUACUUCAAGAAUGGCACUUGUCGCGAGGGGAACAACUGCCGGUAUCGACAUGUACAAGGGAAUAGAAAUGAUGCAAGUAUCAACGAGGCAACAUCAACCCAUAGCUCUGCUUAUAUUGUCACUUGUCGCUUCUUCAAACAGGGAAUGUGUAAGUUCGGUAGUCAGUGCCGUUUCCGCCACAAUUCAGGUACCACAGAUAGCAACGCCAUACAGAUAGAUGCAACGGAGAAUGCAGCCUCGGGUCAGCAUACAUCAAAUUCAUCGAGAAAUAAAAAAACUGAAAAACGUACUGCUGAAGAAUGGGUCAAGGCACCUGAGUUUAUACCUACGACUGGAUCUCCAAUUGCCGGAUCAUCCUCUAUAGAUGGAAUGUCAUCUACUUCAGGAACAUCCCCAAGCACGUCGAUGCCAGUCUCGUAUGCUCAAGCUGUUAAUCCAACUGGUCAAGCUUCGAGCCCUUCCUUAGAACCUCUGUGUCCUUAUGCAGAAGCAACUGGAAUCUGUAGAAAUUCAAAUUGCACAUAUCUACACGGUGACAUUUGCGAAUUUUGUAGCCGUGCGGUCCUUCAUCCACACAAUGAAGAAUUGAGGAAGAAACAUAACAAUGCAUGCGUGAAGCAACAUGAAGCAGAUAUGGAAUUAUCCUUUGCCAUUCAACGCAGCAAAGAAAAAUCUUGCGGCGUCUGUUUCGAGACAAUAAUGGAAAAGUCCUCGCGAGAACAGAGAUUUGGUAUAUUGCCGAAUUGCAAUCACUGCUUCUGCCUAACUUGCAUCAGAAAGUGGCGCCAAGCCAAACAGUUCGACAACAAAAUCAUAAGAGCAUGUCCAGAAUGUCGUAUCCCCUCAGAUUUCGUCUGCCCUAGUAUGUACUGGGUGGACACAAAGGAGGAGAAAGAAAAAUUAAUAAGAGAUUACAAAGGCGCCUUGAGUACUAAGGAUUGCAAAUACUUCAACAAAGGUCGUGGAAAGUGUCCAUUCGGUAAUAAAUGUUUCUAUCUCCAUGCACUUCCGGACGGAACUAAGAAAGACGUAGGUCCACCGGUUCGACAGAGGCGCAACACCACUGACACCGAUAUCGACAUCUUACACCGCGUGCUGUGGAUCUUGAUGUUCUGGAUAAUAGGCGUCCUGAUGUUCUUGCGGUACGCAUGGAUUCGCGUGACCGGAUUAUUUAUCCAUGGCUUCCAAGAGAGACUGGAUGACGGCGACUACGACGAUAGUCGACGAAUGUAAUUACGAGCGAAGAUCACGACCCACGGCAAAAGUAGGCAACAUGUACACUCGAACGUCGAAUUGAUUGCCGCCAAGAUGCGCUAAUUCGCAUUCCUUAAUUCCUUAAUCACACAAAAAUCGUUCACUCUCGUUCGCAGAUUUUACUGUUCGCGAAUAAUGACGAGUCUCGGGAAUACCGGGACGAAACAAUGCGCGAUCAAUUAAUGUGGCUGCGUAACGAGUUGCGAAUGGCGAUAAUGCGAAUAUAAAUAUUUGCCGUGACGUGCGAAUUGCAAUCGAACGAUACGUCGUGCGAUAGCUGCCAUUAUGCGUUGCGACGGUUAGGACGCAUCGCAAUCACUCCACGUUUUCAUAACUUUUUUUACAACUUGCGGCUAUUAUGUCAGAUUAUUGUAAAUAGCCACAUGUUUUCAGUACUUAUAUUUGAGUAGCGUGAUGUAGAAUAUACGAUCACCGACGAGACAUUAAUUAAAGAUCUGAUCGUCUCACAGCAGUAUGGGUGACUAUCGAUAUUUGAACGAAUAAUUUAUAAUAUAAGGAUAAUUUUACGAUUUAUCGUUAUUUAGAUACUUCAUAGAUAUCUGUACGUACUUUGGACGUCGGACGCAAGAAUAUCGUACAUCUAUAUUUGAAGCUGUAUUUCAUAGCUUUCAUCUAUGGCCGAUCAUCCAUGUGAGUGAAAACUAUGAAAACGAAUGUAGUUUCGCAGAGAUACAUGUAAUAUUUUUGCGCUUAUCUGCGAAACAUCUGGAUAAUCAUAAAUCAUUAUGAUUACUGCGUGAUCAUUAAUACUGCAUUAUAGGUUAAUUAUUCAGAUAUUUAUGUCAGAUGUUUUAAAUGUUUAACAGUAUGCAAUGUUUGUAAUCUAGUACAUUUACGCUCCCGGCGGUCGCAUUAAUUAAUUUGUAAUUAAUUAAGAAAAUGUAUGCGCAAGUUAUUAAUAAUGUCUCAUCGGUGAUAUAAUCUAAGCUGCGAACGUCCAUUUCACGUCAUAU